AUGACCUUACUGGCCAUGGUGGGUGGCGCCGCUGCAAUGACCUCAAGCUCUUCGCCUGCGGCCGGUCCCACCGGUCUUUCAUACCCAUCUGGCUUUGAUACGAAGACAAGUUGCCGUCAGAGUGCGAACUAUCGCAAGUGCAUGUGCUUCACCGACAUGCGCCGCGGUAUCCGACACAGUGGCCCCUCGAUCGGAAACGCAUGGAGAAUUUCGCGCAGAAAUUGGUCAAUUAUAGCAAAAGGCGCAAACGAGAAGAUGGCUUUUGAUGCUCUGGCUUUCUUGAAUGUGUAUAAUAACAGCACCUCGCGCCCGAAGCCGACUUUCCACACAACCUCCUAA